AAAAAUCUUCCACGUGCUUCAACUCUUUCCACUUAUAUAACAAGCCCUACGCCUCUUCACUUCCUCCUAACCUUCCCGGAAAAAAAAUAAAAAUAAAUCAUAUCCCUCUUCACUUAAUGGCCCUUGUCCGUGAACGCCGCCAGGUUAACCUCCGUCUCCCCGAACUCUCGGACCGCCGCCCCCGCUUCCCUCUACCGCUUCCCCCCACCUCCACCAUCAACAACAACAACACCACCUCUACCAUAUCUUGCAAUGAUAUUGAAAAAAUACACGUGCUAGGCCAUGGUAACGGUGGCACGGUAUAUAAAGUACGUCACAAGAGAAACUCACAAAUUUAUGCACUUAAAGUUGUACAUGGAGAUAGUGACCCAUUAGUCCGCCGCCAAAUUUACAGAGAAAUCGAGAUUCUCCGCCGUACAGAUUCCCCCAACAUCGUUAAGUGCCAUGGGGUUUAUGAAAAACCAUCUGGGGACAUAGCAAUUACGAUGGAGUACAUGGAUUUAGGCACACUCGAUUCACUUCUGCAAAAACAUGGUACGUUCAAUGAGUCCAAACUGUCACAUGUUGCAAGUCAGGUUCUGAAUGGUCUUAGCUACUUGCACGCCCAGAAAAUCAUCCACAGAGACAUCAAGCCUUCAAAUCUGCUGGUUAACAAGGACAUGGAAGUGAAGAUUGCUGAUUUCGGUGUGAGUAAAAUCAUGCAUCGUACGUUAGAUGCUUGUAAUUCGUAUGUUGGUACUUGUGCUUACAUGAGUCCGGAAAGGUUUGAUCCUGAUACUUACGGUGGCAAUUACAAUGGUUAUGCUGCUGAUAUUUGGAGCCUGGGGCUUAUUUUAUUGGAGCUUUAUUUGGGCCAUUUUCCAUUUCUUCCACCGGGUCAAAGACCCGAUUGGGCUACUCUGAUGUGUGCUAUUUGUUUUGGGGAUCCGCCGAGCUUGCCGGAGGGAGCGUCGGAGGAGUUUCGGGACUUUAUUCAGUGUUGCCUGCAGAAAGAGUCUGGUAAGAGGUGGACAGCAGCUCAGCUAUUGGCUCACCCUUUUGCAUGUAAAGUUCCAAGAUCCGAUUUAGUGGACUUGUGAUUUGACCCGAACGCCCAAUUAAAUUUGUGGGUUGGGAACAUAAUUUUGAGUCUUUUUGUACAGACUCCUGGAAUCUGGAUUUGGGAUUUUCUUUUGUACAUUCUCUUAAUCUGAAUCUUUUGUAGCUCUGUUCCAUUAAAGCAAUGAAUCUGCUCUUCAAAAUGA